ACCCGACCGACGUCUAGAUCACCAACAAUCUGUAGCCGUUGCUGCAGCUAUCAACAAUUCACGAUAUUCUGAUUGUUGAACGCUCCAGCUCCUUCGCGUCGUUUACCCAUCCAUUCCGCUCUACAAAGCUGGCCACUCCGCCCACCAUGGCCUCCUUAAACCUGUCCAUCCACGGGCCCUCCAUCAAGAGCAGCUAUCAGGGCGUCAUCAACGGCCCUGCGCCAUCUUCGGCAUCUCCUACCUACGCACACUGGGCCCUUUUUUCCGUCCAGGCGCCUCUUUUGAAUGCCUUCCAAGACGCUGGGGCAAAAGAGAGCAUCCUGAAGGUCGAGAGCACUGGCGAUGGUGAGCUUUCCGACCUGAUCGAGGACUUCAACGAGGGUCGCAUUCAAUUUGCCUUCGUCAAAGUCAAGGACCCCAACAGUGGACUUCCUAAGAACGUCUUGAUUGCCUGGUGUGGCGGUGGUGUUCCCGAGCGAACAAAGGGGUACUUUACCAGCCACUUGGCCGCCGUCUCCAAGAUUCUUCACGGCUACCAUGUUCAGAUAACAGCACGCUCCGACGGAGACCUUUCUCCCGAGUCUAUUGUGCAAAAGGUUGCCGAUGCUUCAGGCGCCAAAUAUACCGCCGGCGGUUCGGCACCCGCGUCAGCCGUUGCCCCGCCCCCCGUUGCAAAGAAGCCCGUUUUUACCCCGACUACCUCUACAUCGGCCAGCUCUUUCAACCCCAUUGUUGCCGCGCGGAUCCGGAAUCACGGGGGCGAAGAUGACGACGGCUGGGGUGCCGAUGCACCGCCAGUCACGCGGACCCAGCUGGAGAAGGUCGCGUCUGCCUACCAGCCGACCAAGGUCAACAUUGCCGAACUCAGGAAGAACAAAGAUGACUUGCGUUCCGAUGAAACUCAGAAGCAAGAUGACCGGCCGGAAGACAUUGUUAAGGGUGGUUAUCAGCCUAUCGGAAAGGUUGAUAUUGCUGCUCUUCGCGCCCAAGCAAAGAAGACCUAUGAUGAUCGGCCUGUAACCGUGAAGGGAGCCUACGAACCGGUGGGUAAGGUUGAUAUUGCCGCCAUUCGCGCAAAGGCUCAACAACGUCCGACUGAACCGGAAGAAUUGGAGACGCCCAGGAGUCUGGCAGAGAGGACUGCUGUAUUUACGCAAGCAGAACGCUUGACCGAACUCCCCAAGCCCAAAGUUGCCAAGAAAUUUGUAGGCAGCGCUGCAUUUACUGGCACCAAAGCUCCUACGCCGGCUCCUCUCGGUUUCAGCUCGCCUGCAGUUCCUACCGCUACUCCUAUUGGGGCUGCCAGCAGAACAUUUGCGGAUCAGGGAGGCAAGACGCCGGCCCAAAUCUGGGCCGAGAAGAAGGCCAAGCAAGGCGGUGCAGUUGCAUUUGCGUCCACUCCCUCUCCCGCCGCUGCGCCUAUUGCUGCCCAGAAGAGCGGGAGCGAAUGGAAAAGCGGUUACGCGGGGAAGAGCUGGGCACCUGUGCAGGCACCCAAUUACAGCCGAGGUCUUGAAUCACACGCAACCGGAGAAAGCGCCUCGCAAGAGAAAUAUGAGCCUGAAGCACCUGCCUCACCGGCUGGCGGCAUAUCUGCGCUGCGCGAGAGAUUCAAGGAUACGGCACCUGUGGCGGUCAGUACGGGUUCACGGUCAGCACCAAGCGUGCCUUCUCCCGGCCCGGCCACUGGUGAAGAAGGGCAUACUCCGCCGCCCCUGCCAACCGGAAGCCGUCCUUCCGGUGGCUUUGCCCUUCCUGGUCUGCCAUCCCGGCCUUCUGUUGCUGACGCCGAGGAAGGGAACGAUGAAAGGCAGCUAGAAGAAGAAGUCCGUGCACUCGAAUCGGCCGACCAGCAUGAAGAUGAGCCUUCGUCCCCUGCCCGCAUCGCAGUCCCGAUUGCUCGGAGCGCAGUGCCUGAGGUGGAGCCAGCUGGCAAUCUGCCACCCCGUCCGGUGCCCGUAUCGCAGGAUCUACCGAAAGAAGAGGACCUCCCCGUAGAGGAGGAUACCCACGAUCCCCGUGCUGCUGCCCUGAAUGUUGCCAGCGAAUCUCUUGGCCAGGGUGUCGAGGUUCAGCAGGCUGGUUCAGAUGGUGGCAAGCGUGCUCUGGUACAAUAUGACUACGAGAAGGCCGAGGAUAAUGAGAUUGAUCUCCGGGAAGGUGACUAUGUCACCAAUAUUCAGAUGGUGGAUGACGAUUGGUGGAUGGGAACCAAUGCGCAAGGGGAGAGUGGACUUUUCCCUAGCAACUACGUGGAAGUCGUGGAGGACGAUGAGCCUGCUGCUGCUUUCAGCGCAGCCCCAACAGUAGCGGCGACUCAAGCCCCUGUUGUGCCUUCAUCUGCGCAGGCCGAAGCGGUAGCACCUGCAACUCCGGCCGAUCAAGUCGCUGGCCCAACAGCGACGGCGCAGUUUGAUUACGAGGCAGCAGAAGAUAAUGAGUUGAGCUUCCCCGAAGGAGCCACGAUUACGGGUUUGGAGUUUCCCGAUGAUGACUGGUGGUUUGGCCACUACAAUGGAGCGUCAGGUCUGUUCCCCGCCAACUACGUUGAGCUUGAUGCAUGAUUGAAGGCAAAGGUGUCGAAAUCCACGGUGCUAGUGAUGGAAAAUAGGCUUAUUCGAUAGUCUAGUUUAAUAAUUUUUAGUUGAAAGUUGACUAGUAAAUACAGUGGGGUGCU